AUUCAUUCCGACACAAUAUUCUCUCUCAUUAAAAAUUCAUUCCCUUCCCUUUCCUCUUCAUUCAAUUUCUUUCUUCUCUUCCUCUCCUCCCUCUCCUUCAUUAAAACCAUGGACCGACGCCGCCGGAAACUCCCCAAAAUCGCCGCCCCCUCGCAGUCUGAAGAGGUGAGUAGUAUUGAAUGGGAAUUCAUAAACAUGAGCGAACAAGAAGAAGAUCUCAUUUACAGAAUGUACAGACUCGUCGGAGAUAGGUGGGAUUUGAUAGCAGGUCGAAUUCCGGGGCGAAAACCUGAAGAAAUAGAGAGGUUUUGGAUAAUGAGAAAUCGCCAAGGGUAUGCUGAGAGGGGAAAAGAGGCUAGUCAAAAGAAGCAAUAGACCUCAUACUUACUUGGCCAUGCCCAAUGAUUCUUUUUUUGUCUUCUUCUUCCUCUUGGCUCCUUUAGAAAGGUUGUUCUUUCAGUGGUAGCUUCUUGGCUUUUAUAUUGGUGUAAAGAGUGUUUUGAAUACUCAAAAAUUUGUGUUAAGGUAGCCAUUACUCACCAUUUCUCAUUUGCCCUGGUGCUCUUCA